CCUAGAUGGAGUCCAGCUUCUUCUGCUCAAUUCUGUUGGUCGCGAGUUGUGCAAUCGAACUCUUCUGAUUGGCUGGUGUACUAAGAGUCUCCGUUCAAGGCCCGCCUCCUGCCUCCCUGGCUUCGGAUAGACCAUGGCUCUGAGAGCAUGUGGCUUGAUCAUCUUCCGAAGACGCCUUAUUCCCAAGGUGGACAACAGUACAAUUGAGUUUCUACUGCUGCAGGCAUCAGAUGGCAUUCAUCACUGGACUCCUCCCAAAGGCCAUGUGGACCCGGGAGAGAAUGACUUGGAAACAGCCCUGAGGGAGACUCAGGAGGAAGCAGGCAUAAAAGCAAGCCAGCUGACCAUCAUUGAGGGGUUCAGAAAGGAGCUCAAUUAUGUGGCCAGGGAGAAGCCUAAAACAGUUAUUUACUGGCUGGCAGAGGUGAAGGACUACAACGUGGAGAUCUGCCUCUCCCAUGAGCACCAAGCCUACCGUUGGCUAGGGCUGGAUGAAGCCUGCCAGUUGGCUCAGUUCAAGGAGAUGAAGGCAGCACUCCAAGAAGGACACCAGUUUCUCUGCUCCACAGUGUCCUGAGCUGAAUGGAGCAGAGUCAUUUGUUUCCCUAACAUCCUAAAGGGCCUUCUGAGGUGAACCCACUCUCCAGUCUGGGGAAGGAUGUGCUUGGUCUUUGGCUCAUUACAGCCAAGAGCAGAAAGAUUAGUGAAAUCAUCCCAGGACUCUCAGAUGAGAGCAUGAAAGAAUUUUAGCUUAGCAAAAAGACAAGGAGAAAUCAUAAUUUAAAAAGGCCAGCCCUAGUAAGUGCAUCUUUGUACUUUAUAAAUAAAUCUCAAACAGCUUAUCUAUCCUUCUAA